CUGGGGGGAGGGGGGAGGGGCGGGCCGGGCUGAGCCUAUAAAGGGCCGCAGUCAGCCGGGCUCCGGGCCCGCCCCGCAGGCCCCUGGCGCCCGCCCCGGGAUGGCCCCAGCCCCGGCCCGCAGCCGCCGCCCGCUCCGGCUCUCCGGAGCUCUCAUCCUGCUCCCGCUGCUGCUCUCGUACCCGGUCCUGGCCCGGCCAGCCCCGCCGCCGCCCGACUCGGCCCUCAGGGAGCAUGGACGCCAGCUCGAGGCUGUUCCCGAGGCCGCGGCCUCCGAGCCGGAGGUGCCCCGGCGUGCCGCGGCUCGGGGCCGCCCCCGCUGCGGGGUACCCGACCUGCCCCCCGGACUACGCCUCCAGAACCGGCAAAAACGCUUCGUGCUGUCAGGGGGGCGCUGGGAGAAGGUCCACCUCACCUAUAGAAUCCUGCGCUUCCCCUGGCAGCUGCUCAAGGAGCAGGUACGGCAGAUGAUGGCCGAGGCCUUGGGGGUGUGGAGCAGCGUGACCCCACUCACCUUCACCGAGGUGCAGGAGGGCAGGGCCGACAUCAUGAUCGACUUCACCAGGUACCGGCACGGGGACAACCUCCCUUUCGAUGGCCCCGGGGGCAUAUUGGCUCAUGCCUUCUUCCCUAAGACCCACCGAGAGGGUGACGUGCAUUUUGACUAUGAUGAGACCUGGACCAUUGGGAACAAUCUGGGCACAGACUUGCUCCAGGUGGCGGCCCACGAGUUCGGCCACGUGCUGGGCCUCCAGCACUCGACCGAAGCCAAAGCCCUGAUGUCCCCCUUCUACACUUUCCGCUACCCUCUGAGCCUGAGCCCGGACGACCGGCGGGGAAUCCAGCACCUGUACGGACAGCGGCUCGCGCCCCAGCCCGGUCCGGAGACCCCUCCGGCCCCGGGCCCCGCCGGGCCCCGCUCCCGAGCGCCUCCCACACCCCGGCCGGGCGACACGGACACUAACGAGAUCUCCUUGGAGCCAGACGCCUGCGACACGGACUUCGAUGCCGCGGCCACCAUCAGGGGGGAGCUCUUCUUCUUCAAGUCAGGCUUUGUCUGGAGGCUGAGAGGGGGCCGGCUCCAGCCCGGCUACCCCGCGCUGGCUUCCCGCCACUGGCAAGGCCUGCCUGCCAGCCUCGACGCUGCCUUUGAGGAUCCAGAGGGCAACAUCUGGUUUUUCCAAGGCUCUCAGUACUGGGUGUACGCCGGGGAGCAGCGCCUGCUGGGCCCCGCGCCGCUCUCGGACCUGGGGCUGGCGAGCCCUGGCGUCCAGGCGGCGCUGGCCUGGGGGACGGCGAGGAGCAAGAUCUACUUCUUCCAUGGGGGCAGCUACUGGCGUUUCCGGACCAGCACGCGGCGCGUCGACAGCCCCUCCCCACGGAGGACCACAGACUGGCGGGGCGUCCCCGCCGAGAUCAGCGCCGCCUUCCAGGACAGUCACGGCUACGCUUACUUCCUCCACGGUGGCCAGUACUGGAAGUUUGACCCGGUGAAGGUGAGAGUCCUGGAGGGCUUCCCACGCUCCAUCGGCCAGGACUUUUUUGGCUGCGCCGGACCCGCUCCCCUGGCUUCCAACGCCUUCCUCUGAGCCCUGGCCGCUGCCGCUGGCCUGGGCAGACCCUUUGGGGGCUGGCCUCCCACGGUGAGCCUGAGCAGGCAGCACUAUUUAUUGGGGGGUGAAGAUGAAGGCCCCCGGUGGCCAGGCUGGGCUCAGCAGCGGUGGGGGGGAGGGCCCGGGAGCCCGGGCUCGGAGGCAGAGGUUUGAGGCCAUGCUGGUUGUGGCCCUCGCUGUCUGCCCUGCCCGCCAUUGUCCGCAGACGACCUUGAAGAUUGUCCAUCGACCCCCCUAGAGACUCCACCCCCGAGAGCUGCCCCCCCAGACUGGCUUCUGUCCCAGAGGAUGUCAUGGGGGGGCCACGGGGGGGGAAGGGGGGUUUCCCCUUCUCGAGUCCUUGUGCCUUCGCUCUCCCCUGGGAGCUACUCCUUUCUUCCCUCCAUCCCCGGCCUGGCCCCGAAGUCUCCCCUGCAAAGGGCCCGCUCCUCCCGAGCCGGGGAUCCCAGUCCAGGUGGGCGGGCUUGUGAUCUUGGGGCUGGGACCCUUGCCUAGAGAUGCCCCCUGCUGCCCCCGGGCCCUUCUCGGGAUGUGGUCUCCGAGAGCUCCAGAAGGGGUCAGGGCCCAGGGUGGCGCCUUGGAGGUUCCUGCCCUUCCUCCUGCCCGCACCCUGCCGGCUUCUGAAGGUCCCCCACCCUCUGGAGGGCCAGCACGCCACUGACUUCAGGGGACCUGACUCUGCCCCCCUCCCCGAGCAGUCGGUGCGUCCAGAGCGGCUAGAGCUGGGAAUGGCCCCUCUGCCGGCCGGGCUGCCGGGCUUUGUCCUUCCCCGCGUCCACUCUGUAGCGCACUUUUGUACCAGUGGCCGUCUGUUUGACAAUUAAACGCGGCCUGUUUUCUA